AUGAACUUGAGUUUGACUUAUCUCAGACUAAAUGGUUUGUUUAUCGCGCCAACAUUAUCUAUUAAUACGAAAACGAGAUUUAAUAGCAUCAUUAUUAAAGAUUCAUCAAUAUCAAAGUCGUUUUUCCCAUUUAUUAAAUCAAAUUUUCACAAUAAAUUAGAAAUUCAGCGAUCAUCAUUUAACAGAUUCCUUUCAUCAGCAAUAAAAAUCGAAAAUUUGUUCGUUGAGGAUAAAACGUUUGCAAAUGGACUUAAUUACAUUUAUGAUUCCUCAAUUGUUUGUAAAGAUUGCCAAUUCAGGCACUGUUUCAGUAAAAACAAAGGUAGUGCUAUAUGCACAUCAGCACCUCUCAAGUUAUUUUGUUGCCUUUUCCAAACUUGUUCGAGUGAAGUAGGUGCAGCUUUAUAUUGUGCAGAUUUAGAUUCAAACUUUUGUUCAUUUUACGAUUGUAUUGCGAAAAAUAGCAGUUCAGUAGCAUUCGUUACAAAAUCAGAUCAUUUAAUUUUAAUUUUCACAGGAUGCCAUAAAUGCGAAGCAGCAUCUACAGCUCUAAUUGAAUGUAGUACCAAUGAUGUAUCUUCUACAUCGUUAAAUCUAACUCAAAUACAAACAAGUACUUCAAAAGGAGCUUUCUACUUUAAAAACUCAAAUGGCAAUAUAAACUACAUCAUUAUUAAUUCUUUUGUAACACAUGCAUCAUGCUGCGGCUUUUAUCUCGAAAAUACAAAAGAUUUUUUAUUUUCUCAUACAUAUGUUGCCAGAAUGGUUUCAUUCGGCUCAAAUGUCUAUCAUGGAACAUUAAUUCAUGGUGAAUAUCUCCAAGGUGAUGCAAAAUUGCUUCAUUCUACCAUAGUUUCUCUCAGAAUUAACAGAGGUUAUGCUUUUGCAGCCUAUAACUCAAAUGGUGGAAGAAUUAUUGUUACAGAUGUUUGCCAUAACUUAGUUGGCCGGAUUUCAGAAGGAGAUGUUGUUUUGGAAAAUAAUACGAUAAAAACUAAUUAUCCUUGUGAAAGAUUUAUUGUUUUAGCUUUCUAUAGAGAUAUUGGAUACAAAGAAGCAAUUAAAAAAAGAAAAUCAUGGAUUCAAAGAUUCAAAAAUGAAAUUCUCUACAAUGACGUAAAUCCCGUUGUUGUUGUAAUAUUCAUUGUAGGGAUAUUCCUUCCAUUAUUUUAUUUGCUAUUUGUUGUUUUUUUCCCCGAAAAAAAGAAAAAAUCAUCAAAAAAUCCCAAAAAAGCGGCAAAAGAUGUUGUCAAACAAUCGAAUGUUUAA